AUGCGCUACCUCGCGCCCGCCUCCUUCCUCUACGACUUCGCACUGCAGCAAUAUGGCAUCUUCAGCAAGCCCAAUAUGGUGGACAUCCACAAUCAGAACCUCGCGGCCUUUUCGCCCUAUUACGCCUUCAUCGGCGCGUUCUUCUUCCCCCAGCAGAUCUGCCAGCUCGUGUGGCUGUGGCGGGUGUGGCGGCAGGAGGGGGAUGAGGGGGAGUGUGCAAUGAUGAAUCGGUUUGGGUGGGUGUAUAGUUUGGGGAAUGUUUGUAUUGGGAGUAUCGAGCUGACGAGGACAAUGAUAGCAUGGAUGUUCUUCUGGAACGCCAACAACCUGCCCGUCGCCAACAUCUUUGUCAUCAUCAACACCGUGGCCCAGCUCGGCUACAUCGCCACCCAGCUCGAACCGCUGGACACGGGCUCGACGGCCAAUCUGCUCACGCACAUUGUCGCAAAGACGUUUGCGGGCAUUGGCGUCCUGGACUUGCUGCACAACACGGCUGCGGCGUACUACGUCGGGGUGCCGCCCAGUUCGUUCGUGCAGGUGGCUACGGGGGUCGGGUUCGCGGCUGCGGCGAGCAUGAGCGAUUGGAUCUUUGGCGGGUGUUUGGUGUAUGAUUUGGUUGCGCUGAGUGUGGGGCAGACGGGCAGUUGGUCGCGGUUGUUGGGGGGAUAUGCGGCCAUGACGGCGGGCAUUGUGGCGUGGAGGAAUUUCUUCUAG